GGUUCACUCAUCGAAAUGUUAAAAAAAAUCACAUCCCGGUGUUUAUGUGCGUUUUGUUACAUAAAAUUUUGUUAUUAGAAUUUAUGGUUUAUUAGUGUUAAUUAAAAACUAAUUUUAUACAAAUACAACAAUUACAAAAUGGUGUCCUUACUCAGGACACUGUCGAACAUUCGCAUUUUCACGGGGCAAGUGAAAUAUUGCCAUGCUCAAAGGGCGAGCAUUGUCUAUCUAGCACAGCAACGUUAUCAGCCUUUGGGAAGAAGGGCCUUCGCAUCGGAAGCUAAAUUCGCCGAACACUGCAACGUCGGUACAAUUGGCCAUGUGGACCACGGGAAGACCACACUGACGGCCGCAAUCACCAAAGUACUGUCUCGGGAUGGCCGGGCGAAUUAUGUUCCCUACGAGCAGAUCGAUCGAGCACCGGAAGAAAAAGCGCGCGGAAUUACGAUUAAUGCUGCUCACAUUGGAUACAGCACCCUAAAAAGGCAUUAUGCCCACACGGACUGCCCGGGACAUGCAGAUUACGUGAAGAAUAUGAUUUCGGGGGCAUCGCAAAUGGAUGGCGCUAUACUGGUGGUGGCCGCAACGGAUGGUCAGAUGCCACAAACGAGAGAACAUUUGCUCUUGGCCAGACAAGUUGGAGUGGAGAAGAUUGUGAUAUUCAUUAACAAAGCUGAUCAGGUGGACCAGGAAGUGGUCGAACUGGUAGAAAUUGAACUUCGCGAACUACUGAGCGACUUUGGAUUCGAUGGCAUCAACAGUCCCGUGGUGGUCGGUUCAGCUCUAUUAGCCCUUCAAGGAGACCAAUCUGAAUUGGGAGAACCAUCGAUACAUCGCCUUUUGGAAGCUAUCGAUAAGUAUGUGCCAACACCCACGAGGGACAUCACGUCUCCCUUCCUUCUACCCAUUGAUAAUGCAUUUACUGUCCCUGGUCGAGGAACGGUUGUGGUCGGAACACUUGCCCGGGGCACAGUCAAGAAAAACGCCGAAGCUGAACUUUUGGGAUUCGACGAACAGGUCAAAACCUCCAUCGGUGGCAUUCAAGUCUUCAAGAAGGAUGUUAAUCAAGCCAUUGCCGGGGACAAUAUAGGCGCCCUACUGAGGAACGUUAAAAUUACGGCAGUUCAACGGGGUAUGCUACUGUGUGCUGCGGGAAGUGAACGAGUUUCAAAUCAUUUCAAUGGAACCGUAUACUUGCUGGCCAAGAAUGAAGGAGGUCGCUCAAAACCACUUACCUCGAAAUACAUUCAACAGCUUUUUAGCAAAACGUGGAACGUCCCAUGUCGAGUGGAUCUCGUGGGGCAGGAAAUGCUCAUGCCGGGAGAUCACGGUGCUAUCCGAUUGACACUGCUCAGGAAAAUGGUAAUGUCUUGCGGGCAAACAUUCACUAUCCGGGAGAAUGGGAAAACGGUGGCCACCGGGUUGGUGACGGCAGUUUUGGACUCGGUAGAUUUGCCCCAGAAAAAGUUGAUCAAAUUGCAUUUGGACCAGUUGUAAAGUAAAGAACACGAUGCAAUAAA